AUGUACAGGUCCAGUCGCUCCCACAGUGUGUUCACAGUGAAGCUGGCCCAGGCACCUCUAGAUGCUGAUGGGGACCACAUACUGCAGGACAAAAGCCAGGUGAAUGUGAGCCAGCUGUGCCUGGUUGACCUGGCGGGCAGCGAACGCACCAGCAGAACCAGAGCAGAGGGAAGUCGCCUUCGAGAAGCAGGUAAUAUUAACCAAUCCUUGAUGACCCUGCGGACAUGUAUGGAGGUCCUGCGUGAAAACCAGAUGUGUGGAACUAAUAGGAUGGUGCCCUACCGAGACUCUAAAGUCACACAUUUGUUUAAAAACUACUUUGAUGGAGAAGGAAAAGUCAGGAUGGUUGUCUGUGUUAAUCCCAAAGCUGAGGAUUAUGAAGAAACCUUGCUGGUAAUGCGCUUUGCUGAGAUGACCCAGGAAGUGGAGGUGGCUCGGCCGGUGGACCGUCCGAUCUGUGGCCUGACACCGGGACGCAGGCAGAGGAACCAGGCAUUCAAAGAUGAGCUGUCACGCCGACUGGAAGAAAGGGGAGGUCCUGUUAAUGGAGAUCCAGUUCAGCUGAACCAGCUCCUUGAAAGCCUCCCACCACUGCCUCCCUGUGAGCUCUCAGCUCCCUCUGAUGAUCAGACGUUGCCCCGUCUGAUGGAGGUUCUGGAAAGACGGUACCGUAUCCGUCAGAAGAUGACUGAACAGUUCAACCAGACUGCAAAUAAUAUGAAUAAUAUUCUUAUUUAG